AUGACCGAAGAAAAUGAAUUUUUGUAUACACCGGUGGGAAGAGGUAGAGGAGGUGUUCUACAUUCCCCGGUGGACGAGCAGAAGAAGAAACAAGAGCAACGUCGGCAGCAAUCGGUGGCGGAAAUGAAGAUACAAGCUCUGAUGGCUAGACGGGACGCCGUGGUUGCGAAGCUCCAGCGUGUAAAGGAUAUGUUGGGCCAGGCUGCGAACAACAGUGUUUACCAUUUGGAAACGUAUUUGCGACGUGUGGAUUCGUGCUAUGACGAAUAUAACACCAUCCAGAACGAGGUGUACUUGGAGUUUCCCGACCAACGAUUGCAGCAAGAGGAGUAUUUCAUCGAUUUUGAAAUCGGCUACGAGGAGCUACGAGUUGAACUUUGCCAGGCAAUCGAAGGCCUACGGAAGCAGAACGAUCCCACUAAGCAGGCAGUAGCAGAAAUCGUCCAACCUUAUCAGCAACCAAACGUUGUGAACCAUGUACCCGGAUUGCCAAACGUGCCCCUACCGGUUUUCGACGGAGCGUACGAGAAGUGGUACCGCUUCAAACAGCUGUUUGAGGAUCUCAUGCAAAAGCAUCCUCUACUCUCGGAUGCUACAAAGCUGCACUAUCUGCAGCAGUGCCUGAAAGGGAAGGCAGAGAGCGUAUUGAGUGACCAGAUCGUCAACGAGAACAACUUUCAGAUUGCCUGGAAUGUUCUUGAGGAGCGCUUUGAAAAUAAAAGGACCAUUAUCGACGUGCAUGUUGGAGGAUUGCUGAAUUUGCGGAAGAUGUCGAGGGAAAGUUCUGUCGAACUACGGCAGCUGGUCGACGAUUGCAAUCGGAACGUAGAGGCACUGAAAUUUCAUGCUCUACCGAUGGAAGGAAUGUCAGAACAACUUGUGAUUUCACUCCUAACCUCCAAACUCGACAAUGCGACCGUGGCCUUGUGGGAGAACAGCGUGAAACCGAAGGAGCUUCCGAAAUAUAAGGAGACCCUUGAGUUCCUACAAAAUCGUAGCUUCGUCCUUGAGCGUUGUGAGACGAAAUUUAAGUGCAAGAUGCUGGAAUCGAGUAAGCCGAGGUCUCUGGUACCGGUAGCGAAACCCAUGCAGAAGGUUCAUGCAGUUCAUCAAGCUGCUGAUGAUGAGUGUUCCAUUUGCGACGGUUCCCAUAUUGCGAUCAAGUGCGAAGUGUUGAAGCAGAUGUCAAUGUCCGAUAGGAUGACGAAGGUAAAGGAGCGGCAUUUGUGUUUCAAUUGCCUGAAACGUGGCCAUCGAGUUGGACAAUGCAAAUCACGAGCCUGCACAGUUAGUGGAUGCGGAAAGAGACAUCACACUCUAUUGCAUUUUGAGGAUGUUUCGUCGGAGCAACCGGUUCCUAUUAGAACGGCGGUUGACCAGAAAGAGGCUCCACAGUCAGAACGCAGUGUCACGUCGAGUCCUGUUAGUUCCAACGUCAGCACAGUGAUGUCGUCGCAAAGAGUCUGUGAGAAGCAAGUGCUGCUUUCAACAGCGAUUGUAGAGCUACAAGAUUCCAGUGGAUCGUAUCAUCUGUGCCGUGCAUUGUUGGACUCCGGCUCUCAGUCCAAUUUUCUCACCGAGAGCAUCGUCCGUCAACUACGACUGCAGCGUGAACGAGUUCGAGCUCCUGUAAUUGGAAUAAGUGGAGAUAAGCGUGUUGUAACGCACCAAGCUGUUGCACGAGUGAAGUCAAUGCAGCAGGAUUCAUCCUGGGCUCUCGAAUUUCUGGUGGUUAAACAAGUUACUGGUUGCCUACCCUCUCGGAAGUUUGACGUUUCCCAGUGGCAUAUUUCUUCGGAAGUGUGUCUCGCAGAUCCAAGAUUCAACGUUCCAGCAAGGGUGGAUAUGCUCAUAGGAGCUGAACUGUUUUUCGAGCUGCUGCUGACGGAGCGUCUGAAGGUCAAGGAUUGUCAAGCUGUGCUGUGGAACACCAAGCUAGGAUGGAUCGUGAGCGGUGCAUUUACGAGCAUUCAGCGUACAGUAGCGGUAUCCAAUAUAGCUCGCCUGGAAUCAUCGGAGUCGAACCUGGAAAAGUUGGUGCAGCGAUUUUGGGAUCAGGAGGAAGUCAUGGAAUCAGCGCAAGGCAACAUGGAAGAUCAGCAAUGUUUGGAGCAUUUCGCCAAGACCCACCGACGUGAAGAAGGCCGUUUCGUAGUGCGACUACCUUUUCGGGACAACUUGGAUCAGCUUGGAGAAUCACGUGCCAUGGCGGAAAGGCGGUUCUAUCAGUUAGAGAAGAAGCUGAACUUGAACGCCGACCUCAAGCAGCAGUAUUCCGCCUUUAUACGCGAGUAUAUAAGUUUGGGACACUGCGUCAAAGUCGAAGACAUCGGUAGCACUGGAUUCUACAUACCACAUCAUGCUAUCGUGAAGCCCUCGAGUUCGACAACCAAAUUGCGUGUAGUCUUCGAUGCGUCGGCACGAUCGGAUACCAACGUCUCUUUGAACGACGUGCUGAUGAUCGGGCCUGCGAUUCAAGAUACCAUAGCAGCGAUAGUGCUACGUUCCCGGAAGUACAAGUUUCUGUUCUCUGCGGACGUGAUCAAGAUGUUUCGGCAGGUGCGGAUGGAUGAUAGAGAUACGUGCUAUUUGAAGGUGUUGUAUCGAGAAGAUCCACAGGCAAAGCUGGAUGUUUUCGAGUUGAAGACCGUGACAUACGGCACGUCAUGUGCACCGUUCUGUGCGACCGCUUGCCUGAGGCAGCUCGCCAUAGACGAAGAAGAGGAGUUCCCGCUUGGAGCCCGAGUGGCGAAAAAGGAUUUUUAUAUGGACGACGUAAUAACCGGAGCAGACAGUCUUGAAGAAGCAUUGGAGUGCCAGUCGCAGCUCAUUGCACUACUGCAACGGGGAGGCUUUGAGCUCCACAAGUGGUGCGCAAAUGCUCCUGAACUGCUGCAACGUAUUCCGGAGAAGCACAGGGAGCAGCAAGUAAGAAUUGAAGACCAAGAGUUCAACGAUGUAAUAAAGACCCUGGGACUCCUGUGGGAUCCGUCGGCUGACGUGUUCCUCUUUCGGAUGCAGAGCAACAGUGAAUCUCCAGAAAACUACACGAAGCGGAUCGUACUGUCAGAUACUGCGAAGAUAUUUGACCCCCUUGGUCUACUGGAGCCGGUCACGGUAUUAGCGAAGCUUUUCAUUCAGCAGCUGUGGUCGUUGGAGUUGAAUUGGGAUGAUCCCCUUCCUACUGAGCUAGAGGCAGCAUGGAGGCGGUUCAAGGAUCAACUGCAGCAAAUCAACGAGAUCAGAGUCCCACGCAGAAUAGUAGCAGCUGAUGCCGAAUCGUUCGAGGUGCACGGGUUCUCGGAUGCUAGUAAGAAGGCUUAUGGAGCUUGUGUGUACUUGUGGAGCUUGAAAAGCGGCGGUACCUCUGAAAUCCAUCUACUCAGCAGCAAGACUCGUGUAACCCCACUGCCUACUAAACCUGGGAGCAAAAAAGCAAGAAGGCCCUAUACUGCACCAAGAGCUGAGCUAUGCGGCGCCCUCCUGUUGUCACGGCUUGUGACGAGUGUGUUGAAGGCUAUCGAUAUGGAGGUCGAUAAGGUAGUUUUGUGGUGUGACUCCCAAAUCGUCUUGUGUUGGCUCAAUAAGUCGCAUGCCAGUCUGGAAGUCUUCGUAGGCAGCAGAGUUCGAGAGAUUAAUCAAUUGACGCAUGAGUACGAGUGGCGCUACGUCAGCACGAACCACAAUCCCGCUGAUUUGGCUUCCCGAGGAGUUACACCAUCGGAUCUACAGCAUUCGAACCUCUGGUGGAACGGUCCUGUGAUGCUCCAGCGGAAUGAAGAUUGUUACGUGCCUCCCGAACCACCCACAUUCAGCCACGAGGAACUGGAGUUGAAGAGUCCCAUUUAUUGCGAAGUAGUCGUCUGCACUGAACCGUACGAGCUGCUAACAAGGUACAGCAGCUUCAGAAAACUGCAGAGAGUUGUUGCCUACCUGUACCGAUUCGCAAACAACUGCCGGAUGAAGGAGAAGGUCCAACGAACAACUGGGCCUCUUAAGGUGUCUGAACUGCGAAGUGCUACGUCGAAGAUCAUCUGGAAGAUACAGCGGGAAGAGUUUGCCGAUGAACUAAGCAUGCUGCAGAAUAACAAGACAAAGAAGAGUAAGCUGCUACAAUUAGCACCGUUUCUUGACACCGACGGUUUGCUGAGAGUUGGUGGUCGACUGAAGCAUGCAAAGGUUCCGUUUCAACGAAAACAUCAGCUACUGCUUCCAUCCGGUCAUCAUGUCACGAGAAUACUGAUUGAGUCGCUGCAUAAGGAACAUUUGCACGUGGGACAGCAAGGACUGCUCGCCAUCGUUCGGCACCGUUACUGGCCGAUUAGAGGUAAGAACGUUGUGCGUCAAGUUGUGAAGAGGUGUGUGCGAUGUUUCAGGAUGAAGCCUCCAGAAAUUCAGCAGUUCAUGGGAAACUUGCCGGAUUACCGUGUUACGCCCGCUCCGGCAUUUGCUAGAACCGGAAUUGAUUAUGCAGGUCCCAUUUACAUCAAGCAAGGUCGUCGCCAGAGUCGCGUGAAGGCAUAUGUCGCGCUCUUCGUUUGUAUGUGCACAAAAGCCGUACAUUUGGAGGUGGCCUCUGACCUUACAACAGAAGCAUUUCUGGCUGUCUUGCAGCGGUUUGUCGGCAGGAGAGGUACACCCGAGCAGCUUCAUUCGGAUAACGCUACAAAUUUCCGUGGAGCCAAGUCCGAGUUGGGAGAGCUGUACGAACUUUUUAAAGCGCAGCAGACUACCAUGAAAAUCAACCAAUUCUGUGAGGUGAAAGAGAUACAGUGGUCUUUCAUUCCGCCCCGCUCUCCGAACUUCGGCGGGAUCUGGGAGGCUGGAGUGAAGGCAGCCAAAUCAUUACUGAAGAAGGUGCUAUGCGAAACAUCGUUGACGUACGAAGAGUUAACAACAGUGGUCGUACAGAUUGAGGCCAUACUCAAUUCGCGGCCGAUGACUCAGUUGACGAGCGAUCCGAAUGAUUUGACUGCAUUGACCCCAGCUCACUUUUUGGUGGGCCGCGAGCUCACUGCGCCUCCUGAACCGAGCUAUGAUGAAGUUAGAGUUUCGUCGCUAUCCCGUUGGCAGUAUCUCCGAAGGCAGAAGCAGGUGUUUUGGGCGAGAUGGUCAUCGGAAUACCUCAAUGAACUUCAGCCUAGAGGUAAAUGGUACAAGGAGAAGUUGAUCAUCAAACCGGGAAUGCUGGUGGUCUUGCGAGAGGAGAACAUGGCACCGCAGCAAUGGCGAAUGGGUCGGAUUGUGCAGACUCACCCCGGCUCAGACAACAUCGUUCGAGUAGUCAGCAUACAGACAGCAAACGGCGAAGUGAAGAGAGCGAUUGGAAGGAUCGCCGUUUUGCCUAUUGAAGACAGCUCCAUCUAG